AGUGACAAACAGUCAAACAAAAAAAAAUAGCCCAAAUCUAAUCCAAAUUAAACCCAUAGAAAUGUAAGUUAAGAUAAUUAAUCUCGACAUUAUGUAAACAAAACCGAAACCAUACCACAAAACUCACUAACUUUACAAAAUCUAUAAAAGGAAAUCAAACGCCAGCUAAAACUUCAAAGCAAUGUCGCGUAUGUGCAGAUUUAUCAUAACGCCUAUGUGCAAAUCGGGCCUAGCAUAUUGUGAAGGUAGCAUUUUAACGCGCUUUUCAAAAGGCGUUCCUUAUAAGCAAUUAAAAGUGUGUUAUUCUUCAAAAACUUGUAGUUCUGGAAGCUCCGAUAAGUCAAGUUCUCAAAGUUCUGGUUCAAGCACUGGUAAAUCGGGAGACCCUUGUAGGCCUUGUGAGCCUUGUAAGCCUUGUGAGCCUUGUAAGCCUUGCGGGCCUUGUAUGCCUUGUGAGCCUUGUAAACCUUGCGGGCCUUGUGGGCCUUGUGAGCCUUGUAAGCCUUGUGAACCUUGUGGGCCUUGUGGACCAUGCGGACCAUGCGGACCAUGCGGACCGUGCGGACCAUGCGGACCAUGUGAACCAUGUGGACCAUGUGGGCCAUGUGGGCCUUGCGGACCUUGUGGACCUUGUGACUGGAGUUGCAGCCCUUGCCCUCCGCCUGACAAAUCUGACAAAUCUGAUAAAUCUGAUAACAAUCCAUCGAGUCCUACAGUAUACGAUCAACGCAAGUAUGGCCAUUGUCUACCAAAAAACGACGUAGGCAUGUGUUUUGAACCAUUACCACACAUACCGACUGGGGUUUUCAGAAAUACUGAUUGCGAAGUUCUCGGCCUCGGUGCUGGCAAGUGCUGCAUGUACAAAAAUCCCGAAUACUUCUCAUUCCACCACAUGUCGUACUACGACAUGCACCUCAUCAUGCGAUGCUAUCGCAAGCCGAGCCCCAAAACUGGGAGAAAACCUUAAAAUAAGAGAACCUGACGAAAUUAAA